CGGCUGCACGUACGGGGUUGAAUUUAAUACAUAGUUAACUCACCAAAAUAACGUACAUUAUUUACUGAAAUAAGAUUAAGACAACUGUUACAGAAAUUAUCCUUAAUCGGAAUGGAUAGAUAGUACAUUAUAACUAAACAAUAGUCUUAUCGGAUGUUCACUUAACUAUUGAUCAAAAUGAGUUCCACGCACAAUAUAUAAAAAAGCCAAACUGUGCGAUGUCAGUUCAAUCACAUGAUAUCCACCGUUAUAUGUACUAGCAUUUGAUGUUAAUGCAAAGUUUUAUGAAAGGUCCUUUUAAGAUAAAUUAUUUAUUUUUACUUAUUUAGGCUCAGACUCCCAUUGAAAGAGCUUUAAUGAAGCCCAACUGCAAUUUCAUGCCAAUUUCCCAUUUUUAUACCCUCCACACACUCACUCUUUACUUCAUCAUUACUUACUAUCACUGAAAAUUCUCUCGUUCUAACCAGGAAGUUAUUUCUCCCAUGGCUUCCUCAUUAUUCUCUUUCUCUUCUUCUCUUUUAACUCCAUACUCUCACCUCUACUUCACCCUCCUAGCGAUCAUAAUUUCGGGCUUCAUAUUCUUCCUAACACAGAAAACCAAAUCAAAAAAGCCCAAUCUACCACCGGGCCCACCGGGCUGGCCCAUCGUCGGAAACCUCUUCCAAGUCGUUCGCUCGGGAAAGCCCUUUUACCAAUACGUUAGAGAUCUCAAGGACAAGUAUGGAUCCAUCUUCACACUCAAAAUGGGCACCCGAACCCUCAUAAUUAUUACCGACCCGAAACUAAUCCACGAGGCUCUAAUCGAAAACGGCGCCGUUUUCUCCACGAGGCCAAGAGAUAACCCGACCAAAAAUAUCUUCAGUAUGAAUAAGUUCACCGUAAACGCUGCCGUUUAUGGUCCCAUAUGGCGGUCAUUGAGGCGGAACAUGGUCCAGAACAUGCUCAGCUCGAGUCGGCUAAAAGAGUUUCGCGGCGUCAGGAACCGAGCCAUGGACCGAUUCAUCGAUCGGCUCCGCGCCGAGGCCAAGGACGAGAACGGCGUCGUUUGGGUUCUGAAAAACGCGCGUUUCGCAGUGUUCUGCAUCCUUGUUACGAUGUGCUUCGGGAUAGAGAUGGAUGAGGAGACCGUCGAGAAAAUGGACCAGCUCAUGAAGAGCAUACUCAUUACUGUGGACCCGAGAAUAGACGAAUUUCUCCCGAUUCUGAGUCCAUUCUUCUCCAAACAGAGGAAGCUAGCCCUGAAAGUUAGAGCACAGCAAAUGGAUUUCAUCGUCCCCUUCAUUCAACAGAGAAAGAGGGCUCUUGAGAACCCUGGAUCGGACAAUUCAGCGACGUCGUUUUCGUAUCUCGACACACUCUUCGAUCUUAAAGUUGAAGGGAGAGAUUCACCGCCUUCGAAGGAAGAAUUAGUUACUCUCUGCUCCGAGUUCCUCAAUGGAGGUACAGACACAACGGGAACGGCCAUAGAAUGGGGAAUCGCCCAACUCAUCGCUAAUCCAGACGUUCAAGAAAAGAUCUACGAAGAAAUCCAGUCAGUAGUAGGCCACGGCAGCGAUCGUAGGAUCGAUGAAAAAGACAUUGAGAAAAUGCCGUACCUAGAGGCGGUGGUGAAGGAGCUUUUGAGAAAACAUCCUCCGACACCGUUUUCUCUUACACACGCCGUGACGGAGCCGACAACCUUGGGCGGGUAUGAUAUCUCACCGGAUGUGAACUUGGAUAUCUUCCAUGCUGGGAUUGCGGAGGACCCGAGGUUUUGGAGGGAGCCGGAAAAGUUUGAUCCGACUCGGUUUUUGGGUGAAAGGGAAGGGGCUGUUGGAAAUGGAGGAAUUAUGAUGAUGCCUUUUGGAGUUGGGAGAAGGAUAUGCCCUGGUUUGAAUAUGGCGACGGUUCACAUUGAGUUGAUGCUGGGGAGAAUGGUUCAGGAGUUUGAGUGGAGCGCCUACCCGCCUGGGACUGAGAUGGAUUUCACCGGAAAGACCGAGUUCACCGUCGUCAUGAAGAACACUCUCAGAGCCGCUAUUAAACCCAGAGUUUAGCUUCCAUAAUAGUAAUAAUUUAUAAUUUAAGGUUUUUUUUUUUUUUUAAUUUUUACUGUGAUAAUUAGUUAUACUUUCAUAGAGAAAAUAUAUGACCAUUUCUUUUCUUUUUAAUAAAGAGAAAGGAUGAUCUUUGAAUAGUCA